AAAGGAAAGACUAAAAAAGUGCAAAAAAAUAGUAAAACCCCGGUAAUAAGAAAAACGACUACAAGGCCAUCUUUUUUGCCCAGGGAAUUUUACUUCUACUGAUCAGUCAAUUGAUACCUGCAUCACUAUGACAACCUAUUUAACGGAUAGUGAAGGUAAAUUUAUACCGGCGACCCAGAGACCAGAUGGAACUUGGCGCAAGGCCAGACGGGUGAGAAAUGGGUAUGUACCGCAAGAAGAAGUACCUUUGUAUGAAAGCAAAGGCAAACAAUUCGCUCAACGUAAACCGACUUUACCGCCAGGUAUGUGCCCGUUAGCCGCUGAGCAGGCUCGUAAAGAACGAGAAAAGCAGGAAAAGUUGAAAGCAAAAAAAGAUGCUGCUGCUGCAUUAACUAAUAAACAAAGGCAACAGCAGCAGCAAAUACCCGGCGUCUUAAAACUGCCUGCCAAUAUCGAUACCUCGGCUACUAUAGCCGCCCCACCAACAGCCAACAAACCAUCCACAAACAUUGGGCCAAAAGCGAAAACACAAAACUCCAUUAGUAAUUCAAACCAUCGUAUCAUAAAUGAAUUAUCCAAAAAUUUUGAGACUAAUUUAAAUGUCGCCGUCGAUGGCCAAGAUGUGCAAAAGAAAUUGAAAAAGUUGCGCAAAAAACUUAGGGAAAUUGAACAGAUUGAGGAGAAAAUCAAAAAUGGCACUCUUAAAAAGCCCGAGAAAGAUCAAUUGGAAAAAAUUAAACGUAAAACGCAAAUACAAAAAGAACUAAAGCAAUUGGAGGAAGAGCAACAACAGCAGCAAUCAACAGAUAAUGAAAUGCCGUCUUCAACUUAACCUGAACAUCGAUCUCAAAUUAUGCUAUUUAUAAAAUCAAAUAAAAAUGGGGAUAACUGUAAUAAAGAGGAGAGAACGUGUAAAAAACAAAAUAUUAAAUAACCUCAUAAGUAAGAAAAAAAGGGGAAAUGAAAUCCCAAACUGGUAAAUAUGAGAUUUAUGUAAAUUUUGUGACUGGUUUUUCUACAGAUUUCUUCAUACAUAUUUUUGAAAAAAGAAUAUAUGUAUUUUGCUUUCUUGUCUUUUUAGUUUUAUUUUAUAGACUUGUUUUAUUUAAAUUAACUUUUUAAUCAUUGUGAAUCGAUAUUAUUUCUGUAGUCGUCUGAUAUUUUUAAUUAUUUAUUAAACUUAAAACGGUAGGAGAAAAUUGAGGAAUAACUAUUAACUGCCUUUUAAAUCAUUUCCAUAAUCUUUCAAAU